AUGAUUACCGCAGGCAGAAUCAAAUCUGUCGAUUUCUACAGAAAAAUCCCAAGAGAUUUAACUGAGGCAUCAUUAUCUGGAGCUGGGUUAUCAAUAGUAGCUGCUCUCACCAUGGUGUUUUUAUUUGGAAUGGAACUUAGCGAGUAUUUAUCUGUCAGCACCUCUACAUCCGUGAUCAUUGACAAGAGUUCUGAUGGGGACUUUUUACGUAUUGAUUUCAAUUUCAGUUUUCCUGCACUUUCAUGUGAGUUUGCAUCGGUCGAUGUGAGCGAUGUGCUUGGAACAAGCAGGCUGAAUCUGACAAAAACAAUUCGCAAAUUUUCUAUUGAUUCAAAUUUAAUACCCACCACUGGAUCUGAAUUUUAUUCUAGCCCGGCUGCUAAUGUCAUUAAGCAUGAUGAUAAAUUGGACGAGGAGUCUGUUGAAGGUGCUUUUGUAUUCACAUCAGAAAAUUUUGAUAAAUAUUCUCAUCAAUUUCCAAUUACAGCUGUGAAUUUUUAUGCUCCUUGGUGUUACUGGAGUCAACGCCUGAAACCUUCAUGGGAGAAGGCGGCUAAAAUAUUAAGGGAGAGAUAUGAUCCGGAAAUGGAUGGCCGAAUACUUUUGGGGAAGGUAGAUUGCACUCAAGAAGCAGACUUGUGUCGGAGGCAUCACAUACAAGGGUAUCCAUCCAUUCGUAUCUUUCGUAAAGGAAGUGAUGUCAGAAGUGACCAUGGACAUCAUGAUCAUGAGUCAUAUUAUGGAGAUCGUGAUACAGAUACCCUUGUUAAGACAAUGGAGAAUGUAGUGGCCUCUCUCCCUUCUCAGAAGCUAGCUUUGGAGGAUAAAUUAAAUGUUACAGAGAAUGCAAAAAUACCAGCACCAUCAGGUGGGGGAUGUAGAAUUGAAGGAUAUGUACGUGUGAAGAAGGUUCCAGGAAGCUUGUUCGUCUCAGCAAGAUCUGAUAGCCAUUCCUUUGAUGCUUCUCAAAUGAACAUGUCGCAUGUCAUACAUCAUUUAUCUUUUGGAAGGAAAUUGUCGCCUAGGAUUUUAAAUGAUGUCAAGCGCUUGAUACCUUAUGUUGGUAACAGCCAUGACAGACUGAAUGGUCUGUCAUUCAUCAAUACAAAUGAUUUAGGAGCAAAUGUUACUAUGGAGCAUUACCUUCAGAUAGUUAAAACAGAAGUGAUUACUAAAAAAGACUAUCAAUUAGUUGAGGAGUACGAGUACACAGCACACAGCAGUGUGGCACACAGUUUACACAUUCCUGUUGCGAGGUUCCAUCUUGAACUUUCCCCCAUGCAGGUCUUGAUAACUGAACAUCAGAAGUCAUUUUCACAUUUUAUUACAAACGUCUGUGCUAUUAUUGGGGGUGUUUUCACGGUAGCUGGAAUUGUGGAAUCAAUUUUUUACAACACUGUUAGGAUAAUGAGAAAAGUUGAGCUGGGCAAGAAUUUUUGA